AUGGCAGCGUCGUCUAUGUUCAAUUUACGCCGUACCGCAGUAGCAUUCCCGCCUAUUAUGCCUCUCAUGGGUCUGGCAUGGCAACAACAAGUUCGGAUGCAGACCACGAAGCCCGUAACGGGACCACUAAGAGUGAUCAAGCCAGAAUCCGCCCAGGAAGGACUCGCUCGCCAACGCCUUCGGCGACCUAUAGCGCCCCAUCUAUCCAUCUAUAAAUGGCAGGUUCACUCGGUCAGCUCCGCCAUGGAGCGAAACACGGGACUUCUCCUCGCCGGCGGCCUGUAUCUCUUCGGCACCUCCUACCUGGUGGCCCCCUGGCUCGGCUGGGAUCUGUCAUCGGCCGCCCUCGUCGCGGCCUUUGGCUCUUUACCUGUGGCCGCCAAGGUCGGACUCAAGUUCUUUGUGGCCUGGCCCUUCACCUUCCAUCUCUUUAAUGGUAUCCGGUCUUGUGUCUCCGCCGCUGGAUACACUCUGGAUAGUAGGACUCAAAUUAUCAAAAUCGCAUGGGCUGUUGUUGGCUCAUCGGCUUUGCCCGCCAUCGGCUUGGUGGCUUAUGUUUAA